GAUGCUGGGAUGGAGUUUGGGGUUCGCCAUGAAUACAAGGAAAAAUCAGUGAGGAGUUGUGAACGGAAAUGACACAAUCUGAUUUGGGCCUUGGGAAUGUCUCUCUAGGCGGGUGUGGAAACAAGAGGGGGGGGGCACCUUGGAGGAGGCCUUGGGGAGAGUCCUGUACUAAUGCAGCCUUAGUCAGGAGCUCUCCCCAGGAGGCCAGGGGAAAGCUGACUUGCCCCCAGAACACGAGCUGCAGAAGCCAGAGCAGCCCCAGCUGCGAAAGAUGGUGGAUGAAGGAAAGAAAAGCCAUGGUCUCGCAAAGCGCCAGCGGAAGACGCAGAAACUGAGUGUCGCCUAUGAAGCCUCAGAUGAUGAGAAAGGAGAAGGCGCCAAACCCCCAGAGGCACCAGGCUGGGAGCCCCCAGACUGGCAGCAGCAGCUGGUGAACAUCCGCACCAUGAGGAGCGGGAAGGACGCACCUGUGGACCAGCUGGGUGCUGAGCACUGCUAUGACCCCAGUGCACCCCCAAAGGUGCGGAGAUACCAGGUACUGCUGUCCCUGAUGCUCUCCAGCCAAACCAAAGACCAGGUGACAGCAGGCGCCAUGCAGCGGCUGCGAGCUCGGGGCCUGACGGUGGACAGCGUCCUGCAGACGGAUGACAGCACGCUGGGCGCACUCAUCUAUCCCGUAGGCUUCUGGAGGAGCAAGGUGAAGUUCAUCAAGCAGACCAGUGCCAUCUUGCAGCAGCGUUAUGGCGGGGACAUCCCAUCUUCAGUGGCAGAGCUGGUGGCACUGCCAGGCGUUGGGCCCAAGAUGGCGCACUUGGCUAUGGCGGUGGCCUGGGGCGCCGUAUCUGGCAUCGGGUUUGGAGCGGGGAAGACUCGGGCUCCAGGCCUGGGUCUGGCCAGCACGCCCUGUGAAGAGCCGGUCCUGUCUCCUGCAGCGGUGGACACGCACGUGCACAGAAUCGCCAACAGACUCGGGUGGACCAAGACGGCGACCAAGUCCCCAGAGAAGACCCGUGCGGCGCUGGAGGCCUGGCUGCCCCGGUGCGGCAGGGUGGGGGCUGGCGGGGCUGCCCUCAGCCUCCCUCCCCCACUGACCUCUCACCUUCACAGGGAGCUUUGGAGUGAGAUCAACGGACUGUUGGUGGGCUUCGGCCAGCAGACAUGUCUGCCCGUCCACCCGCGUUGCCAGGCCUGCCUCAACCGAAGCCUGUGCCCAGCUGCACGGAGCCUCGGUGGGCCGUGAAGCCUGGGCCUGGACGCCAUGCACCAGCCGACCGUGAGCCUUUGCUGGGGGAGCCACAGCCUGUUUUCUAAUAAAGCUCGGGAAUCGUUUGCA